UUAUCGAAUUUUUGACAUUUUCGUAUACUCUAAUCUACUGGUUCCGAUUUUAACUAUUGUCUAUAAACAAUGAUGGAUUACUUUGUUUUUUGAGUAUAUAUAAAUACAUUUUUUAUUUCUCCUAUCAACUUCAAAGUUUCUUGAAACACGCAAGAACAUUCGGCGGUGAUAUUUUCUAAUCAAAAUGAGUGAACAAGAACAACCUGUAGCUGAAUCUUUAUCUCCACAAGAGUUGGAGAAACAAGAAGAAGCUAAACUGAAAGCCAAAUAUAAUAUUGGUCCAAACCAAGGACUAGGAUUAAAAGCUAGUGGACAUUCGGCAUUCCUACAAAAACGUUUAUCAAAAGGUCAGAAAUAUUUCGAUUCUGGCGACUAUCAAAUGGCUAAACAAAAAUUCGGAAAUGUUGCUAAUAAAGCAGGCCUUCAACUACCCGGACCAAUUCCAUUUGUAGGUACAGGUGAAGCUAUUCCUACUCCAGAAAGUGUCCCAGUGAGAAAAACUUCUUUAGUACAACCAUCAAAAUUUUCAAAUAUUAGUUAGGAACACUAUUCUUCUGGAUUCUUUAUAAUAAGUACUAUUUAUGUUGAAUAUAUAAUUAAGUUUUUAUCAAAAUUUUAAUUAGUGUAUGGUGUUUGGAAUUAAUAACAUUGGUGAAUCAUUUACUAAUUAAAAGUUAAAUUCAAAAAAAAUAAAAAUCUAGAAAGUUGUAUUUGCUGUCCUCAUUUUUCUCUCCUUAAUCUCUCUAUAUCAGGAAAAUGAAAAAAAUAAUACCAUGGGAGGUCCAAAAGCUUCACAGAAAUCGGUGCAUUUUGUAGAUCCAUUUACAAACAGCCUACAAAAAUUUGUAUAAAAUUAUAACUGUCUUUUAUUUUUAUUUUUUUGACAAUUAGAAUUAAACAUAUUUUCU